AUGCCCGACUCGGUUCCCCACAGGAAACGCUCACCUAGCACGAGCUCCAGUGACGCCUCGUCCAAGCGACGCAAAUCCUCAAAACGCUCGGCCUCAAGCAAGCGCAAGAACAAUGAACAAGCCAUUCAAGAUGAUGACGAUCUGCCCAACGGAGAGCACCCAAUUAGCGGUUUUGAUCGCCGGCGUGAAAGCACAACGCGCACGGCCCGCGAUCCUAGGGACGAGUUCCACCCGCCCAAGAAGAGAAAGGUUCCCAAAGCCGCGCGCAAAGAGGCCGAGGCCCCCGUCAACGGCACAGUGGUGACGAGGUCGCCCACGCCUGUCAUUGAUUUUGACGGUCUCAGCCGCCCCAGCGCCGGCACCCGAGAGCGUCUCGAGGAAUCCCCAGAGCAAGCCGUCGUCCGCCUCGGCCGCAUGCGCGGUGCCGUGCGCACCCUUCUCGAAUGCGUAGGCGAGGACCCCGACCGCGAAGGCAUCCUCGACACCCCCGAGCGCUACGCCAAGGCCAUGCUCUUCUUCACCAAGGGAUACCAGGAGAAUGUCCAGGACAUUGUCAACAACGCUCUCUUCAACGAGGGCCACAACGAAAUGGUCAUCGUGAAGGAUAUAGAGCUCCACUCGCUGUGCGAGCACCACCUGGUGCCCUUCUUCGGCAAGAUGCACAUUGGGUACAUCCCCUCCAAGACGGUCAUCGGGCUCUCCAAACUGCCCCGGAUAGCAGAGAUGUUCGCCCGCCGCCUGCAAGUCCAGGAGCGCCUGACCAAGGAAGUCGCCAAUGCGAUUAUGGAGAUCUGUCGGCCCCAGGGCGUUGCCGUCGUCAUGGAAGCGUCCCAUCAAUGCAUGGUCAUGCGAGGUGUCGAGAAGACCGGCACGUCGACCAUCACCUCCUGCGUGCUGGGCGCCUUUGAGAAGAAGAGCAAGACAAGAAACGAGUUCCUGAGCCUGAUCGGCGUGAGCGGUGGUAGACGACUAUGA